CCUGGGCGAUGAUCACUCAGAAAGGACCGCGCCCGUCAUGGUUCGUAGAGGACACCAGGGCUGCUGGUCUGGGGCCGACUCUAGUACAAACCAACAUUCCUGCAGGCGGAUGGACGGUAGUGAUGAACCGGUUUGACGGUUCUGUGGAUUUUGCCUGGCAACUCUGGGACCAGUAUGAACAAGGCUUCGGCGACCCGGCAGGGGAAUACUGGCUAGGGCUGGCAACUUUGCAUGAAAUUACAACUCAGAAAGACCACUAUAUGCGGCUAGAGUUGGAGGAUUUUGACGGCACUAGAGUCUGGGCAGAAUGGAGCUUCUUCCAAGUUGGUCCCGCAUCUGAUAACUACAGACUGUAUGUGUCAGGCUACAGCGGAAACGCCGGUGACGGACUGACAGGCGAUGAGAACAACUACCGUUACAUCGCACACCUCAUGCAGUUCAGUACCGCGGACAGGGACAACGACCCCACACCCAACAAUUGUGGGGAAAGGUGGGGCGGUGGGUGGUGGUACACCCUAGGCUGCGGCCGUGCGUACCUAACCGGGAGUUAUCUCCCAGUGUGCUCCGACCCUGCCAACCCGGGCUACUCCUCCGCCAUCUGCCACAGACUGGGAGUCAACUGGACAUACUUCCGCGGCUCGGAAAUCUCGCUGAAGAAGGCCCUCAUGAUGGUCCGGCCGACGGAUGCAGCAUGGCCAGCCAUAUCCAGGCGCCACGUGCCUGGUACCUGCGGCUUGGCUACCCUCCCUGACGGCGGACCCGGGGAGUGUGUCGCCUCCUCCAGUACCCCGUGCUGCUCCGACACGAACGUGUGCGGUAUGACGGAUGCGCACUGCGCAUGUCCGGGCUGUGCCGACUACCGGGAGGUCAUAGAUGUGAACGAGUGUACGGAUGACUUUGCCGACUGUGACCAGCUUUGCGCAAAUUACCUGAUCACGCCGUAUGGGUUCCACUGCUACUGUCUGACAGGGUUUACUCUCAACGCGGACAACAGAACAUGUGACGGACCAGGGCCGGUGUCGUCUCUCGGUGCGUUCUACCUCCCCGUCACCACCGGCGAGGCCCCGUGGGACGUGGCGCAGUCGGACUGCCGGUUCCACGGGGGCAAUGUGGUCUCCUUCUCCAGCCUGGCGGAGAGCACCAUGGUGGCGAACAUCGUGGGAGACGGGGCCGUGACGUGGUGGAUAGGGCUGAACGAUGUGGCGACGGAAGGGACGUGGGUGUGGCUGAACGGCACGUGGUCAGGAGAGCCGUAUCCAUGGCAACCUGCACAACCAGACGGAGGGACGGCCGAGAACUGCGCGGCUGUCAGCGGGAAUGGAUGGGAAGACUUGCCGUGCACCAUGAACAACUCCUUUGUCUGCAAGAUGACACCAGACAUUGUGAACUUCCCCCUGUUGGUUGACUAUCUUGACGCUCUCCCUCUGAUCAUCAUUGACGAGGAGCUGAUCUUUACCUCGGACCUGAUCAGGUUCGUGGUUGGUUUGUCGACCGGUCAGAACUACACGUCAGACCAGGUGCAUCCCGCGGUGGUCUCCGCUCUCAGAGUGUUCAGGAGAGUCGACAUGGAUGCUACCAGCGAUGUCGGGAAGGAGGCUUGGGCUGGUGCACUUGAGAGUCUGUCCCUUGUCCUGUCCCUAGCGGUCCCGAGCGACAACUCCACAGACAAGAACCACUCAUUGGUCCUGGCAGAAGAGCUUCUAGACUUUGCGGACGGUCUACUGAUGGUGGAAGCGCAGCCGAGUCAUUGUCCGGACCAGCUCGUAACAAUGGCGGUACAUUGUCAUGAAGCGGCCAAAUACCUCGGGGACACUCUGUCCAGUGUUCUGCACGAAAUGUACAUAGACAGGAUCGAAAUCUCCAGCACAAGCAUCACAAUUGCAUCACUCACACUGGACAAGAACUCUACCGAGCAGCCCUUUACAGUUGAUGGAGGCUAUGUCGUGUUUCCAGUAUCGCUGUUGGAUAUGAUAACGGAUCCUCCGGAUUUCCUAGCCUCAAUACAGGAGGCGCUUGACUACAACAUCACGGUCAGAAACUGGACCGUUGCCCAAACCACAUUCUACAAAGACAACCCAUUCUGCUGGAGUUUUACGGAUAACAACGUCGUACAAACGGCCGUUCUUGACGUCAUGGUCAAGAGGAUGCCGGGAAACCAUUUGCUAAGCUUUACGUCACUUCCAGACGACAUUGAGCUCGGCCUGUCACAGGGAAUAACUGCCCUGUCUGCAGCACCUGUCUCUCUGGACGACAUACGUCAGUUUGGGGACAUGAUGUAUCAUGUCAUUAACGGAACGAACAGCUCCCAACCCCAGGCACUAGCCAUCACAGUAACACCCACCGUACCAGGUACAAGCCUUACGCUGUAUCUUCGCUACGACGACUUUCCAACGCGGGAUGUGUACAACAUGACAACGUCUGUUGUUGGCUCUAGUUCAGACUUCUCUUUCCUUCUCCCGACCUUCAACGAAUCGUCCGUCCUCUACCUUGGAGUAUACCGUGACCGGAGCAGUGAACAGGGAGGACCUGGCCACAACCUGAGUGUGAGAGGGCUGAGCUGUAACUUCUGGAACGAGAGAGCGCAUAACUGGAGGGAGGAAGGAUGCCAUGUCAGCCCCAAGUCUACAACCACGAAGACCGUUUGUCUCUGUAACCAUCUGAUUGAGGACAGGACUGACUUUGCCGCCAGUUUCUUCACGCUCCCAAACACCAUCGACUUCUCAACCGUUUUCAGCGCAGACCUCGGACAAAACCCCGGUGUGUUCGCCACCGUCCUGGCGUUUCUCGCUCUCUUCUUGGUCGGUGCGUUCUUUGCAAGACGAGCGGAUAAGUUGGACGCCAUGAAGGCGGCAGUGUUUCACCUGCCAAACAACAAACCGUACGACAGACUCCAGUACCUUCUCAAGGUUUACACCGGCCAUCACGUCGGGUCAGGGACCGACUCAAAAGUCGCAUUCCUGCUGACGGGGUCGCUGGAUGACAGCGACGUGCGAGCUCUAGGAAAUGAGAAGAACGUCCUCGCCACAGGUGAGUGUCGAACAUUUCUGAUGACGACAUCCUAUGACCUGGGGCACCUCCAGACCCUCCACAUCUGGCACGACAACAGCGGGAAGGGAACCCGCGACUCCUGGUACCUGGAGAAGGUCGUCGUUCAUGACCUCCAGAGAGACCUAACUUACACCUUCCUGUGUGAUGAUUGGCUGGCUGCGGACAGGUCUGACGGUCUCAUCUACAGAACCAUCCCGAACGCAUCAGAAAGCGAACUCAUGUCCUUCGGUCACCUUUUCCUUUCUCAAACCAAGAAGAACUUUACCGACGGUCACAUCUGGAUGUCGACAGUAUCGAAGGGGAUUUCAAGGAACUUUACUAGAGUACAACGUCUGGCCUGCUGUCUGUCCAUCCUUUUCUGCACCAUGAUCGCGAACGCCAUGUGGUACCAGACAGAGGACAAGGUGGAGUCUCCCUCUGCCCUGACCAUCGGACCAAUCAGCUUCACCCUCCACCAGAUGUACGUCAGCGUCAUGAGCAGUCUGACGGUCCUGCCUGUUAAUGUCGUCAUCGUGCAGAUCUUCAGGAAGACCAGGAACAAACCUGACAAACAGCACGUGUUUGCUGAGGAUUUAGAGGAGAAAUCGAGCAAGUCACGAGGUGGAGGUGAGAAGAUGCUCCCGUACUGGAUGGUGUACGUAGGCUGGGUGCUGGUGUUCCUGUCGUGCUUCGUCUCGGCGUUCUUCACGAUCCUGUACAGCCUACAGUGGGGCUCGGAGAAGGCCAACAACUGGCUCAAGAGCUUCUUUAUGUCCUUUUUUAUGUCAACGUUGAUCAUAGAGCCCUUAAAGGUGAUUCUCUUAGCUGCCGCGUUGUCCAUGCUGUGCAAAAAGCUGGUUGCCGUAGUCGAGACGACGGACAGUAGCAAGACGGUUCCUCCAGUAUCUGAAGAACAGGAUGCCGAGCGGUCACUUGCUGCACGAGAGCAGUGUAGAAGGGGCCUCCCGAAAGUCGACCUGUCCAUCCUGAAGCGAGCCUGGGAGUCCAGACAGCGGCGGAUGAAAGUCAGCAAGACCCUGGCGGAGAUCAUGUCUUACUUAGUGUACGUCGUCUUCAUCCUGUGCGUGGCAAACGUGGGGUUCUCCAGCGCAGGCUACCACUUCCACAAGUCGGUCAGCACGACAUUCGACAACAAGUUAUUCAAAGUUGGUAAAAGGCCAGACGUUCAGUGGUGGUUGGAGGGAACCGUGAUUCCGGGAUUGUUCGCAGAAAGAGCACGAGUGCGCAGGAGCACCACUGCCAGCGGACACAUACCGACCGUUGACGUUCCUUUGUUUAAACUAACGGUACCGCACUUGAGGCAGCAGCGGACGUCAACAAAUGGUAUAAAUCAUAUGAAUGACUGGUAUCCUUCAAGUAAUUCCACAGAGUCACCCAGUUUCCCUGUUCCGUCGGCAUGGAACGUCUCCAAAGAUCAUGGCAAAAAUUCCCUACCAUACAUAGGAAAACUGGAUGUGUAUGACGGCAGCGGUUACUUCGCCCAGCUUGGAAACACUAAGGAACAGGCAAUGGGUGUCCUCUGUCACCUGUUCAAUAACAACUGGACUGACUCUCAAACUCGGGCUCUCUUUGUGGAGUUUGCAUUGUUGAGUAACAACGUUAAACUCGUUUGUGUUGUAACGUACUUGAUAGAAUACACCCCAACUGGAGCCGUAUUCCCUUCGAAAUGGAUGUCUGUCUUUCAACUUCACGACUACGUCGGAGCGCAGGGUGUCCUCGUGGCGGCCGUGCAGCUUUGUUUUGUGAUUAUUGUACUGAUACAGACAUUCAGGGAGAUAAAGGCUGUGAUCCGACUUCGCUGUGAAUAUUUCCUCCAAUUCUGGAACGUCGUUGAGGUCUUCAACUUGGCGUUUUCAUGGAUGGCGAUCUCCAUAGGUGUGGCUAAGGUUAUCAUUGCGGAGAGCACGUCAUUCAAGGCGGAGGAUCGGCAGUCCGACUCCACCCAUGAGACGCUUAUCCAACUGGCCAGCAUCUCGGCUCUGUUCACGUGGGUGACUGCAGUCGUUGCCUUCAUCAACGUCAUCAAGCUGAUCAAGCUGCUGCGCUUCAACGCCAUCAUCGCGUCCUUCUCCAGCUGCCUGCGCAUCAUGUCCAAGGACCUCCUCAUGUUCCUGGUCAUAUUCCUCGUCGCGUUCCUCGCUUUCGUCCAGUUCGGAUGGCUGGCAUUUGGGACGGAGCACAGCAACUUCAAGUCCUUCGCUGACGCGACAGAGAGCUCCUUUGUCAUGUCGUUGGGUAACAUCAAUUCUGUGGUGUCUCUUUUGCGCAACAACAGCAUGGCGCCCAUGUACCUCCUUCUUUUCGUUGUGACCAUGAUGUUCAUUCUGCUGAAUCUGCUCAUCUCUGUCAUCAACGAGGCCCUGGCGACCAUGAGGGAAGUCAAGCUGUCACGUGAGCAAGCGGAGAUCGCCCAGGGGAUGUGGGAGAUGGCGUGGAGGAUCACGGGACGUCGUCGGGAUGUCAAGGGUCAAAAUCUACUCAUAUUUGAGGGGAAGGCGCCGGCAGUAGAGCUGGACGAUAUCGUGACAGACAUUGAAAUGAAGGUUGAUGAACUCUACAGUGAAUGGAAGACGAUGAACGAAUUCCUCGAGGACAGUACGCAUGAUAAAGAGAAUAAACCUGAUGAUUAAGCUAAGCAAAGCUAUGUUGAGUAAGAGUCCAGGAUAUGAAAAAUGUAGCAAGAAUAUUGCGCUAUCAUAUUUCAAAUAUCAUAUCAUAUAUCUUCUUAAUAUAUAAAAGAAUUGCAUAUAAGGUAGAAAAUCUUAGACACUUAAAGUACGUUGUAAUCAAUCGUAUGAAAGCCAAGCAUGUUUGUGGAAACGAUUGCAGUUCCGUGCAAUGUUUCUCUCUCUAAAAUCGAGUGAACAGUCUUGUUCAAAAUGACCAUGAAUAUGACGAAAACGAAAGGUCACGUAUGGUAUUGUUAGGUAGCUUUAUGAAACUGAAGUGAAGAAAAGGUAGCUAUGGCACCUGAAUCCUAGUGUGGAUGUUCUAAGUAAC